GUCUAUAAGAAGAGCAAAUAUGAGAGUGAGACACUGCAGGAGGAGAGAACAGCAGUAAAGAUGAAGAGAACAGUGACUGUUACUUUUCUGUUGCUGCUGCUGCUGCUGCAGAUCAGCCUGCAACAAACUCGAGCUGCAGCUGAUCCGAAGUCACUAAAACGCUCUGAUGAUCUGAAAAACGUUUUGUACGAGCAAGGAACCGCGCUGGCUGAGAUGAAGACUCAGGUGAAGUUCAUAGAGAAGGAGAACGGAGACCUGAAAACCAAAAUGACCAGACAGAUCAAACGUUCCAGGCAAACUGAGAGUCAGCUGGAGAGCCUAAAGAAAGAAAUGGCAGCACAGUUGUCGGAGGUGUCUGUAAUAAGAAGCUCACUGGUGAAUGUUGAGGCUGAAAUGGGGAAACUGAAGAAGGAGAAUGAAGAUCUGAAGAAGAAAGCGUCUACAGCUGAGGGUUAUCUGAAGACUCUAAAGAAGGAAAUCACAGAAAAACUGCAGGUGGCGUUCUCAGCAGGGCUGUCUGCAUCUGUCGGACCUCUGAGUGGUCUUGGUGUAGUGGUCUACACUAAAGUCUUAACAAACACUGGAGGAGCUUACAGUCCAAGCACAGGAGUCUUCACAGCUCCCACUGCAGGCAUCUACUAUUUCAGAUUCACUGCCUGUGGAUCAGCCAAUGGUCAGUAUUCAGGUGUAAGUCUCUACAGAAACCAGGAGAGGCUGACUCACCUAUCUGAAUACAAUAAUGAUGGAUACCCUAGACACUUCUCUGGAGGCAUCGCCAUACAUCUCUCUGAAGGAGACGCUGUUACCGUCCGUCUCCCAAGUAGUUAUCGUCUGUAUGAAGACUCCUACACUCGCAAUAUUUUCAGCGGCUUCCUUCUCUUCCCUAUGGACUCCUGAUCCUUCUAUGAAACAAGAUCUACACAAUUAUAUCCUAUCUGAACUUACAAAUAAAUCUAAACCUGUGAUACAUAAAUGUGUUUUUAUAGUUUAAUUAAAACAUCUAAAUACCUAUUUUAUUUACACUGCUGUAUGCAUAUUGUAUGUAUAUCGGGAAGCCUUGACUGAAUUACAUUAUGUUGUGUCCAAUCAAACACAAAUUUUCACAAUAUUUUCAUUUUCUGUUUUAAAUUUUGUAGUAAUAUUAUAAAUCUCUGCACAUGCACAACAUGAAAAGUAAAAUAAAUCAGCACCACAAAAUUGAGCAAAAAUGGUAGAAAAUUAAGCCUGUGAAGCGGAGCAGAGUUUGUAAACCAUUUUUUAAAAGUGGCAAAUGAAAACAAAUAAAAACAUGAAUUUAAAAUACA